AUGCCUGCUAUUACUGAGGAAAGUAGCGCAGAAGAAAAAACUUUAAGUCAUUCUUGGGAAAGAUCAAACAGAUUGAGCAUUAUGUUUAUGCAAAUGAGUAUAGCGAACAACAUUAAGUCAACACUUCCUGAACGUGACACUGCUAAGGAAUUUUUUAAGACUGUGGAAGAAUGUUUUUUGUUCGCUGACAAGUCUCUUGCUGGGACAUUAAUGGCUGAACUCACCACCAUGAAGUUUGAUGGUACUCGUGGGAUGCAUGAGCACAUCCUUGAGAUGUCAAAUCUAGUUGCUAAAUUGAAGGCUCUUGGGAUGAAUGUGGAUGAGUCUUUUCUUGUUCAAUUUAUUUUGAACUCCUUGCCUCUUUAG